ACGAAACGGUAACCAGUCUACCCUAUCACAGUUGGUAAAGCUAUGAUCGAGGUUUUUGUGUAAGUAUGUUAGCACGAAGAUGAAAACAUUUUUGCUAUAAUUUUUCAGGCUUAAGAUGCUCAACCUGAAAAAGUCUCUGGGUGUUAUUGACUUCUCAAAAAAGUUAGUGGUGCUGUCAAGAAGAUCAUCAUUUGCCUUCAAAUACAUCAAGCGAAAGGAUGAAGAACCCGCAAGUCAACCAGCACUGGCAAACCCAUACACACCAAUUAUCGAAGGUAAUUUAAAUAUAUUCAUUUCUAGAGGACAAGAGUCUUGUGUUCUUGUGUAGAGAGGUUAACAAGGACUAUGAAGUUCUUUGACACUCAACAGAAAUGUAGUCUCCGUUUCUCCACUUCUGUGUGUACUUUUCUUUUCUUUUACAUGUCAACUCGCAACAUCUGCAGACUGCCAGACUAGGUUAAUGCCGCCUGGGCAUUUGGUUGAUUAAGGAAAUUGAUUAUUAUUUCUUAUUUGCCGGUAGUUUACAUUAACAUUGAAUUUGUUUUGAAACCAACAAGCAAAUAUUGGGAAAUAUUGGCAAAUUACGUAAGAAACGUAAAUCAUAUAUUAUUUAGGCCCCCGUCCACACAAAUCCUGAUAUUUUUGAAAACGAAGACUUUUUUCUCCGUUUUAGCCUUCCGCCCACGCGUAAACGACGUUUUUGGGCACCAAAAACGCAGCCGGGUUUCCGAAAACGGUCCCCAGAGUGGAGUUUUUUAAAAACGCCGGCCUAUCGUUUUCGUGAAGACGGACGCACGAAAACGGAGGUUUUUUAAUACGAUGAAGCCAUUCAUUAUGCAGCGUACACCUAAGAGCUUGUAAGAGCAGGGCCCGCGGAGCAGUUUUUAAAGCUCGAGGGCCGGUGACCACCUUUUUUGAAGUGGGGGAGGGUGGAAUGUUAAGUAUACCGAAAUUCCUUCUACAAUUAUAGUUAAGAACACUGAAAUUUAUUUGCUACGUCGGCAAGGCAAAUUUGUCUGUUCUCUCUUUGUGGCUGUUUAGAACUGUCAGAUUACUGAACCCUUCUUGAGUCGUUGUCGAGCGGAACCAUGUUUAUAACUUUCAGGUCACUGAAAAGGACCUUUCCGUAGGGUAAUAGCUAGUAGUCUUCAGAUUUGACCGAGAACCUUCAUCAAAAAAGUCCAUUCUGCAUCAUUACAUCCUGAUGCAGUAUAUAGCCUGGCUGGUUUGGAAGCGUAGAAGUCUACGACUAAGUGCAGUUUUGUAAAGAUAGGCGUUUCGAGGCUUACUUCGCAUCCGAUAAUAUAUAAAAUCGACAAGAUUGAAACGGACCAAUAAUAAAUUUAAAUGCUUUUGCGAGGUCCGCCAGCCAAAUAUUCUUAUUCCCUCCUGUAGAUAUCCCAUGACUAAUAAUUUAAGGACAAUCAUAACCAAGAAAUCUUCCAAUUUCAUUUUAAAAAACUGUUUUAAACUGCAUCACGUGACCACCCACGCCCUGUUUUAUCGAGAAAAUUCCCACCACAUAAAGAGCAAACCGUUUUCCUAUUGUGGGUCCGAUCAGUGGCUACAAAUAGUCUUGUAAGAACGGUCGGAAUGAGAAGAGGUCAAUAAACGUCUUUCUCCCUGACGAAAAUUUUAUUUAGAGGAGGACUGGCACUAGUCAAUGAUUACCAAUUACACCUGCCAAUACGCCUUUUGCAUUCGUUGUUCUCGUGAUCAACUUUCAGUAAACACGAAAACAUUUCGCUGUUCGAGGUUUUAAAAAGCACAAUCUUUGCAAGUCGUACAAGUUCUCUUAAUUCUAUCAAUUUUUUUUCCGGCAAAUUUGGGUUUCCACAGAAAAGCUAAGCCACACAAUCGGUGUAUUUUGAUACACAAAAUUAGCAGGCGAAGGAUUAUCUAAAAAAUGGAUUACUUUUUUGAUUAAGGCCAACUAAAUUGGACAGAUUUUCAACUGUAAAAUAGUAGCAUUAAUUAUUUAUCCGUUCUUGAAUAUCUUUUCUCUCCGUGACUUCUUUUUGGUGGCAAGAAAAAUACCGUAAAAUUCCGAAAAUAAGCCCCGGGGCUUAUAUUUUUCAAAGGCACUUUUUUAGGGGUUUAUUUUUGGGGGGGCUUAUCUACGGAGGGAAAUUUGCGUUUCAAAAUCGAUUGGGCUAGCCGUAUAGUUGGAAGUAAAUUUACCGUUCUUGCUUUGUUUGACUUUGUAUUUGAGGGCAAUUUUCCAAGUACAAGCCCCCGGGGGGCUUAUAUUUGGAGGGGCAAUUUAACGGAGGGUUUUUUGCGUUACGAGAUUGGGGGGCUUAUAUUUGGAGGGGCUUAAACAUGGAGGGGCUUAUUUUCGGAAUUUUACGGUAUAUAUAUUGCACUGAAAUUAAAACCUUGAUAAAUCCGCUUCAUCAAAGUUGCCUUUCGAAAAAUUGUUCAGAGUAAAGCCAAGCUAUAUUUUCAAUAGUGCCACAGAAAAACACAAAGAAAUAUGUAUUAGCAAAGAGGCUGCUAGUUGGCAGGGAAAGAAAGGGCAAAAAUUUAAACAUUUGUGGUAUCUGACAAGAAAUGUUUAUACAGUCAGCACAGGGGAUUUUCGCUGCAACUGAAGCAUUUUUAAGCGAUUGUCUGACGAGACAUUGGCGAUUUUAUGCAGCUUGCAUCAUUUAGUUUCACUGCAGGGCUUAAUGUAUAGAUUGUACGCACAUUUAUCGCGUCACUCCAGCGCGGUUCAAAGUUACACGGUUCAGGAUAUUUCUGGUAAACCACACCACAAAUCGAGCAGGAGCCCGUUUCUCGAAAGUUCGCUAAUUAACGACCCCAAAAAGACAUUUGGCCGUUUUUAUACUAAGGACGCAAUAUCCGUCUGGACGAACUUGGGCAAAUAUUUUGUAGGGUGUUCGUAGUGCGUUGUUCAAGACGUAUUUGGAAGGAAAGUUCGUCCAGACGCAUAAUUCGCCUCAUGCCCGUCUUUAUACUUAAGACGCAUAACCAGACGAACUACAAAUGUUUGCCCAAGUCCUUACACUCGGAUAUUGCGUCCUUAGUAUAAAAACGGCCAUUGUUGCUUACAUUCAAGAUCGAGGUUUUCGAUAGUUUAUAUCCAUGGUAAUACUUUAAAACUAUCAGCUAAGGUGUUUUGAUGUAGUUUUUCAAAGGCCAUACCGAUAUUUUUCAAUCGCUUUAAAAGUGAUUUUAUCCUUGUCUGAUCGCUAUAGAAUUUUCUCCAAUGAUUGACUAUAGAUCGAAAUUUGUCAAAAUGUAGGUUUUAGUAAAAUCGAUAUUACCAUGACAACAAUAAACAAAAAACUUUGAAAUUAAUAAACGUCUAAUUUUGCCCCAUCUAGAGCAGCUUCUGAAAAUCCAACACUAGGAACUUAAAGUUUGGUGUUUGUUAUAGCAAAUAACCUCUGUGAGAAGUAAAAAAUUCUGUGUGUUUGAAUUCGACUGAAACGAAAAUAUAUUUCAAACCUUAAAUUUUCAAUAGCCGUGAUAGAUUAUUUAAUAAAAAUGUUAUAAAUGACUCAAAUUAUUCUUAACUAGCGUCAGAAUGCUACUUAAGAUCAUAUUUCGAUGCUAAGAAAUUUUGGUGUAUUUCGUCACUUGCGAUCUUAAAAACUAACCCGUUUUCUCACCACCUGUCAAAGUGCAACUUCAUUCAAAAUUUGGACUUUUAGCGCUAUUUUGUAUAUCUCUGAAACGACUCGAACGAAUUUUUUUAAAAUCUCUUCACAUAAUCUUCAUAAUGUAUAUAAUAGUGUCUGAAACUUUCAUUAAUAUUGAUUCACUGCAACACCUUGAAAUUUCAAGACAAACCUAUCCUACAAACAGGUCAAAAAUCCGCGCUACAACAUUCACUGUUUUGACGUUAUUAGUGCUAAUUUUUCCAAAUUAAUGCGGACAAUACACGUAUCCAUGACUAGUACAUUUCAGUAUGAGUAUUUUCAACGUUUCACAUUCAAACGAUGCGAUAAAUUCCAACUUAAAUGUACUUCUAGUCAUAGGGGUAUGUAUAGUGCGCAUCAUAAUUUAAAAUUCGGCUUUUAUUAUUUUCAAAGUUUUUUGUUUAUUGUUGUCAUAGUAAUAUCGAUUUUACUUAAAACUACAUUUUCGCCAAUUUCAAUCUAUAGCCAAUUGCUGGUGAAAAUUUUAUAGCGAUCGGACAAGGAAAAAACCACUUUUAAGGCGAUUGAAAAAUAUCGGUAUGGCCUCUGAAAUACUGUAUCGAAACACCUUAAUAAUAAUACAAAACUUGGGACUGGGUUUGGUAGCUAGUAACUGCGCGCAUUUAUUCUUUGGAUUAAAAAGUUACAGGGGAUUUCAAGAAAAAGGCUUCAGAUCCGCAAUAUCCGAGAUUUCUUAACCCGACAAAUUGCCAUGAAAACGCCGCUAGAUUUCACUGACAUGCGGUAAUCCACGCGCCGCAAAUCGCAUCCAGUCACCGGAAAAUCAGAUGAAAAGCCAUUAGCAUUAACGGACCACUAAACUCUACAUUUUAUUUUCCAGGUCCACGCAUUGAACCUUUGAAAUGGAAAAUGUACACGAAGAGCCACAUUCCAGCACUACUGAAUACUUAUUGGCCUCGAUCACAUUCCAUCGAUGCGUUGCCUUUCUACGCAGCAUCAACCGUUUUGCCCAUGCGCACAAACAAUUACGUGGUAUCUCAUUUGAUUGAUUGGUCGGCUGUCCCAGACGAUCCCAUGUUCCAACUCACAUUUCCACAACCAGGUGAUUACUAAUAAAAAUAUCUCAAAUACUGAUAUACGGUAAAUAAGUAAGCCACGCCACAGUAUACAGACUUGCUGCUGCACAAUCUUUGCAACACUGUCCUUUCCUCUCCAUCAUAGAUUAAUACUCAUUCAAAAUAUUUCUCAAUCUGAUUGGCUCAAAUCCCCCGGCUGCUUCUUUAUGACCAGCUUCUGUUGACCAAAUUUGGAAGCCGUUUGCCAUAUCCAGGACGUCGAAAGUACGGGGUAACCGAGAAGCACUGGGGACGAAGUUGCAUUGUUUGGGAGAGCAGUAGAAAAUGGCAGAACAUUUCUGAUUCACACGUUUCACCAUAAAGAAAUAACCUUACUCAGUACUGCCUGAAAAACACUGCAAGAACAGCAAGAUAAAACCCUCCUCGAUCUCCGUAAUUCUUCAUGUUAUACUCAGCUUCGUCCAAUAAUUGCUAAUUAUCCAGUGCCCGAUAACUCUUUAAUGCGGAUAUAAACCCGUAAGGGCCUAGCGACAUGUAUGCAAGUGCGUACCUGGAAAAAUCGAAGGUAAAAAAAUUAAAAUAUGAUAUAAAGAAUAAAAAGAAAAAGAGAUAUUGACAAAGAAGCAAAUAUUAAAUAAAAUUGUUUUUUUAUAAGGCGCAGUUUGCCUUUAUUUAAUUCAUUCUGUUUGCUUCUUUGAAACACUUUUUCUUAGACAACGCACUGGGUUUUUUCCACACCCGAAUGUCGAUUUCCAGCGGAGCGGUGUGUUCUAAUUGGUAGACUGAAUCUUGAAAGAUGUCUUUAGGUAGAAGGCGGGAAAAUAGCGCGCGUUGCCCACCACGAGCUGUCUUAACAGUACACGAGGUAGGGCACGGUUAAGAUUACGUCAACGAAGGGUACUUUCGUCAGUCAAACCAAAAAUAGUGGCAAACGCGAGGGGUGAAACGUCAAUCAUUUGUGAAGAAAAUUCUAACAUACUACUAGCUUUUUGGCUUCAUUAAUGCCGGAUAAGUAAUUAAUAACGAAUCUAAAAAGUAGAUAAAGAAUUUUACAACUUACUAAGUCAUUUCAUAGGCAGUAAAAACGAUUUGGGUUACAACGUUAGUCACUUUAAACAAGAGAUAAUGGGUUUGGGACUUUAAGGGGGAGCAAGAAAUAUGGAAACUUGUGCCUACUUCUGGAAAUGUCCUGGCUACGCCCCUGAUCGACCCGGAGCUUAUUUCGGGCGUGUCUUUUUCUAUGGCAAAAGCACCUUGGAUUAUUAGUUCUUCGCUGAGGGUGAAAUUCCAGACUAUAACAGGAGUACGUUCAGCAGCAGGACACUGGAACUCUGAUAGAGAGACAAUGCUAACUGGAUUGCGAAACAUCGCGAUGGCAAGGGUCAGAAGUCGAAUCCGCGAAAGCUCAAAAACCGAAAUACGAAACUGAGAAGGAUGAACCAGAUGCUGAACUGUGCACUCAAUAAUACUGCUGCAGCAAAUACUUUUUCAAUCUCUCCAUCUUAAUAGCCCGCUGAGCACUUUCUGAACCACCUUUUUUGUUUUGUUCUUUUUUUUUUUGCCACUCUUAAGUUUUCGUGGAAAUAUAAUUCAAGGCCCAGUGGAUUUGAAUUUGGCUCUGACUUCCUUUUCGACUUGUAAUGUUAAAAAAUAUAGGAAUGUUGGCACAGGAAGAUCUCAAUCACGUGAUUAAUAUCGUCCGGAAUACGAAAGACAGAGUCUACCUGCGGAAGGAAGUGGAAAAAAUUCGCGCUAAACUAAAUCCACAUCCAGCCAAUCAGAAAACUAUGAACGUGCCACGUGAUGACGACCAGGAAAUGCCCGGAAUGCAACAUAAAUACCGCGAAACGGUUUUGUUUUUUCCUGCUGAAGGUAAUUUAUUUUGUUUAUAACUAACAUUGCGGUCUUUUAUAGUUCCCAUGUUGAGUGGGUGUUAGGUCAAGUGAUUGUGAGAGAUAACUGAUGUGCAGCGUAAUAAUGCAUGAGGAGGAAACUACAAUUUGAUGUUUACUUAGUCAUUUUUAAAUCAAAAAACUUCAAAUCAACAAAUUCAGUGUACGUGUUUGAGAUCAUCACAACACACUUUGGAAAACAAAAAUUGGAAAAGGAUUUUUUCUUAGUCUAUGAACGUAAGAUAAGGGACCUUAGUUGCCCUUUCUUCUGUUAUUCUUUUUGCUGUGAUAGUGAUUAAACAUACAUCAAAUGCAUCGUACAAGAAUUCGUCACUAGUUUCCGUUACUUUUCGCUCUUGAUGUAUUUCACAGGUCAAUGGUGCCACACUUUUUGCACUUAUUGUUUCCGCUGGGCCCAGUUUACCGCGGUUGGUUCUCCACAAAUCUUCCAGUCUUAUGAUGGCAAGCGAUUGGCAAGUUACAUUCGCAACAAUAAAGGUAUUGGAUAGAACAACUUUCUCAUUAUUUAUCGUGGUAGCUAUCCAACAUCGUCACCCUUCAGUAUACCCUUACAUCACCAUUCCGAUUCGAUAAUUUGUUGCAAAUUUCUUGUUUAAUUUAGUAGGGUGCCUUAAAAGCCGGUGUAAUUCCACAACUGGUGUUUGCUCCAUUGAUCUUAUAGCAAUUGCAGAACAUUUUAGGAGAAGCCGCCUACAAUAACAGCACAUUUUCUUGAAGGACGUACGUAUAACUAAGGAAAACAAUGCAAAUUAAACGUAAUUCGUUUCGGUAUAAACUGUUUUAAAACGUCAACGAACUAUAGGGCGCGUACACGCACGUAAAUUUAAAAAAAAGCACAUCAUCACAUGCUCAAACUAGCCCAGAAAGGGCUGAAAAGAAGAACUCACUGAGCCCCACACGGUAUGGGAACCAGGGUAUAGAGUUUAUAUAAACAGCAUAUUACCUAUAGAUCCACAUUAUUAUAAAUUCUAGACCAUUUUGUUUAGUGAUCAUUUCCUUGAUUCUCAUGAGGAUGGUUCUCAAGAGUUUCGGAGCCACCUUAACCUUCGAAAAAUUUACCCGUUCGUUUUGAGUUAUAAGCCAUGAAAUAAAUGAAAGGAGUGUUUCAACGGGAUAUGACGUUGCUAUUUUAUAAUAGUCACCGUACAUGUUGUAUGGCGUCAAAAAUUGCCAUAAAUAGACCUCUUUAGUUGUGUGUUUUGUUUUCUCGAUGAAGGUCUCAUUGGAAUUAGCCCCUUUGCCUUUUCAUCGUGCACGGUAAUAAGACGAAAUUUGAAAGAAACAGUUCUCUGGAGUAUUAUCGCAUGACCUACAUUGAAAACAAACAUACAGGCUAAAGAGGUCUAUUAUUCUCUAAUGCAUUUGGCCUUAAGGUUUGCAGUGUUGAUCCAUUAGAGUGGAAGUGCUCGAAAUGCUGGAUACCAUUUUUAUCCAACGGAGAAUUUCGGUGUUGGUCAUGACGCAAUGCAACGUUGCACGCUCAGAGACUUUUGGCGGGAAACAGUUUUGUUGUAAGUUGUCAUGUGACCUCGUAGUAACCAAUGAGGGUGCGCCCUCUUGGGGCAAAAUUGCCAGCUAACUAAUAUUGAUAGUUUAAUCUACCUUUCGAUUGCACAGGGGUCAGAGAUGUACUGUUUACCGGUGGGGACCCUAUGGUGAUGACAACCAAGCAACUUGAACGAUAUAUCGACCCACUCCUCCAGGAUCCAACUCUCGACCACUUAAGAACCAUAAGGAUUGGUACUAAGUCUCUUGCUUACUGGCCUUAUCGUUAUGUCACAAAUGAUGACGCCGACGAUUUGCUUAGGUAAGGGCUAUGUAUAUUGCUAGUUUGCACGUGACGUCAUAGCAGCCAUAUAAGUGGUCAAGAACAAAACUAUUUCUAUCCUCUGGGAAAUAAACUCCAUUUUCAUGUAAAUUUCUUGAAAUAAUGUUUAUUGUAUUGACCAACAACAAGGCCACCAUGUCUCAUGGUUGCAAACCAAGAAUAUCUAAUUCAAUAAAGGUUUGGCAAUUAGGCAUUGGGAAUAGAGAACUCAGUGCAAUGCUUUGCUCGCGUGACCACCACCCCCUCCCAGUGCGCAAUUUCCUAUUCGCAGGGUUAUUAUGAAAGACAAAAUGUUUUUCUUUAAGACAAUUAGAAAUUUUCAAAAAGUUGCCCAAGUUUUCCCAAAAUUUGCUCAAGAGUUGCCCCCACCUUCCCCCUCCCUACUCACAAAAAAAUGUUCCUUUUUUGUUCCUUUUUUGUUUGCUUUCUGUAACCACCUCAGAAUGUAUGUAUAAUGCAAAUUGUGUAAUAAAUUUAGCUGCUACGCAAUAAACUCGUGAAAUUAUGAAGAUAAAAUAACGAAACUGUGCAAAACGUAUAGCUCAGUUGAUAGAGCACUGCACAGGUAUCCCAGGGGCUGAAGAGUUAGAAUACUGUACAAACCUUUUUUUUCUAGGCUUUCUUUCUCAACUGCGAUGAUUUUGAUUACGUUUUAUUCUUGAUCCAUCACUGAUUCUAAUAUAUUAUUUUCAUUUUCAUUAGUCAAAAACUGGUAUUACUGGGUAAUUUACCGUUGCUCAAAAAAACAAAUGAAAGUACACCUAUUUUGCAGGUUGUUUGAAAGAGUCAGUCUUUCGGGUCGCCAUCUUGCAAUCAUGGCUCACAUAUCCCACCCACGUGAGCUCCAAUCACACGUCGCUAAAGAAGCUAUCCGACGCAUUCGAAUGACGGGAGCAGUAAUUCGAUCCCAGGCUCCUCUCAUAAAUCACGUCAACGCAGACCCUCGCAUCUGGGUGGAAAUGUGGCAAAAACAGAUCUCUCUUGGUAUCAUUCCAUAUUAUAUGUUUGUGGAGCGAGACACUGGAGCCAGACAUUAUUUUGAAGUUCCUUUAAGCACAGGCCUUCAAAUCUACCAGGAAGCAACACGAAAAGUCUCUGGAGUUGCGAAAACUGUCCGAGGGCCAUCAAUGUCGGCUGUUCCGGGCAAAGUGCACGUAAUCGGUUCUGCGAAGAUUGGCGCGGAAAGCGUGUUUGUUUUGCAGUUUCUACAGGCUCGUAACCCGCAAUGGACUGGAAACCCAUUCUUCGCAAAGUAUGACGAGAAAGCCAGUUGGCUUGACCAGUUGAAACCUGCAUUUGGAGAGAAAUCGUUUUUCUACGAGGAUGAACUCCAAGAACUACAGAACGCUAACAAUUGUUCGGGUGUCUUGUUCCAAGAUAAAUAAACAAUCCCAAUGGCACACUAGGUAUUGUUUCUCGAAAGAAACUGUAACCAUGAAAACUGAAUGUUUUGUAGAACGGUGUAAGAUGACCCAAAGGGUUUUUAUUCAAUUGUCUUUAGAAUUUCUUCUCUUCACCAGCUGUUUGUUUAGUCCUAAGACAACUUUUUGAAAUCUCCUCUAACAAUCGUUGUUAUUAGACUAAGAAUGCUUUAAGGACAAAUACAACUGAAUUAAGAUGAAAAAAAAAGGAUUUUCCAUGACUGGAGACGCGUAAAGCAUCAACGGAGUAGUCGAGUAAGGAUUUCAGCUGAUAUGAAGACGUAAUCGAAGACAAAUUUGUACUUGAUUAUAAAAUGACUUAACCUGUUGGUGAGACGUGACCUUAUGAGUAAGACACUGAUUCAUGGGCGAGUUGCGCAAAAGCUUAAGAGGGAUUCUGGUAAAUAGACUUGUUUUCCACUGUUUUGCGUUUAUUUCUGCACUUUUUCUUCCAUAUCUAGACAAGAUUUCAUUCAGACAAAAAAUGGCUCCAUAAGGUCGUAGUAAUUGG